UCAGUGCAAUGAACUGUAAUUUGUUGGGGUUCUUGGGGCAGUUGACCUUUAGAUGCCCCGGCUUGUUACAUUUAAAACAUUGCCAAGCUGACUGGUUGCUGGGUGGAGGUGGGUUGCUAGAAAAUGGUGUGGCAGGACGAUAAGGUGUCUGGAGUGUUCCUUGGGGUGUAGUUGGGGCCUUGGGCUGCCACCGGUAGUAGGGUGUGGUCAGAGGGUGUCCCUUCUGGUAUCUGCUCCAACUGCGACCAGGGUUGUUCCUCUCUCCUCCCUCCACCUGUUUUGUGCUGGUUUGCCCCACCUGUCUGGCGGUCUGGGACUGCUUGUAUUGAUCAGCAUAGGAAGCAAGACUUCCUGUUGAGUCCAUUUUUUUAUCCCAUAAACACUGUUUUCUAUCAUCCUUGGACAUAUUCAGGAAUUGAUCCUGUAUUAUCAAAUCCCGUAUUCCUCCAAAGCUAGUUACAUCCCAUCCAUUGAGCCAUUGUGGGGGAGGUAUAGCUCAGUGGUUUGAGCAUUGGCUUGCUAAACCCAAGGUUGUGAGCUCAAUCCUUGAGGGGGCCAUUUAUGGAUCUGGGGCAAAAAUUGGGGAUUAGUCCUGCUUUGAGUAGGGGGUUGGACUAAAUAACCUCCCAAGAUCCCUUCCAACCCUGCUGUGCUAUGAUUUAUCAAACAGAUCUGUUAUCUGGUUUACAUGAGUCACAUUACUUAGACUAGGUCCUCUUUUAAGGGCUUUAAAUUUUACUCUGUAAGUUUCAGGUGUAACUUGAAAUUGUUUUAAAAUCAAAUCCUUGAAUUUAUUAUAGUUCUAAGCCUCCUCAAUCAGCAUCUUAUUGAAUAUGUCAAGAGCUCUUCCAGUCAAUUUUUCUUCCAGUGUGGUCAUCUUGUGAGCUUCAGGAAUUUGAUGGAGUGUGCAGUGUCUCAAAGAGACCCUCAGUGCCCAGCUGGAGGAGGAGGAGGAGGAUGUGUCCCCUGAACAAGACAUCAUCAGGGUCAUCCAGCAGCACCUCCAGGGCAGAGCUGAGUGGGUGGAGGACAGGGCCAAACAGCUCUGCUUCUUCCAUGCUGUCCCGAAUCUGUGCUUCUCGACACAGAAGCAGGGCUGGGACACUCUGGAGCUGCACUUCUCCAAAGGAGCCCUCGUGGACAGCGUUGCGGAGCUGAUUGACAAUCUGCCCAUGGCGUCUGAGCCGAGCUGCAUCAUCUCCAGCUCCAUGGCAGCGGUUUGCAGCCUCAGCAAACUGAAGCCGCCACUUGCCCUGGAGCUGGAGUCACGCCUCCUGCGGGCUCUACUCUACACCAUCUUCACCAUGGGCACUGGGCAGGACACCACCCUCUUCCGGGCUCUGCACAACACCUAUUUACAGAGUCUGGACACCAUGCCCGGGGGCCUGCUUACUGAGACCCCCACCACAGACAAGCUGCAGCACCUCUUGGAACACAUCCAUUUCUGGCUCGACUCCAGUAACACUCAGGAGAGAGCUAGGGCCAUAAGGAGCAACGCUGCCCUGCUCCGAUUUGCCACCUCCCUCUCCGGAUUUGACACCUCCUCCGAUUUCCCCAAGGCGGGCAACUUUGUGCUGCAGCUGGGUCUCUACAUCUCUGACCCAGCCAACGACAUCAGACGGCAAGCCUUGGAUGGGAUCUAUUGGCUGCAGAGGCUCCUGCUGCAGAGGAGGGGGCUGAACAUCAGAGAGGCAAGCGAUCUGUGGUGUCGGGACUGGCUCCAAGACACCGAGCGCCUGGCCUACAGGAACAUGGCAAGGGUAGGGGAGGACUUUGGAGAGAUCUUCACGGAAGGCCAGAAAAGAUCUUUCCUCCAGGCAGCGCUUCUGGCCAUCCAUGACCCCCAGCUCCGUGUUAUCCAGGCUGGGCUGGUGUUGACAUAUUCUAUCCUGGGGGAAGCCGGCCAGCUGAUAGGGAACGAGCAGGAGGACGUGACAGCGACGAUCAUGGCGCACCUGUUCUACAUCCGGUGCUUGCGCCAGGUGCCCAAAGAGCUGCAGGGGCUGUGCUCCGUGGGACGGCCUUGAAGGGCCCCCCCUUCCCAUGCCCAGAAGCUCCCACUCCCUGCCGCAGGAUUCCCACUGGCUGUUCCAAUCCAGGAUGAAAACUAUGCCACCGAAGUCUCACAGCACCUGGGCAGUGAAGUGCCACUUAAACCCGCUGUGAUGCACUGACCUUGCCCUGGCUGUCUGCCCAGGGCUGAAUUUCACCCAUUCAGUGUGCUAAGCAGAUGCUACCCUGUAAUAAGAGGAAACAGAAGCAAAAACUGAAAGAAUGUUACUUAAACCAAUGAACUGAUGCAGAAAGUGGAAACACAGCAAAGCAAACAAAUGAAUCCUGGUCGGACUAGCCUUCCAUUGCAGAGGUGAAGACCAGAUGGGAGCUGCUGGAUUGACCUUGAUAUGCCAUGUCCUUGUGUGGAUGAAGGACCUACAUCUCAGAGAUGGCCAGCAGCAGACGUAAGACAUGUGUCCAAGAAUAGUCUGAACAACCUACACUGAUAGAUCUCAGCCGCUCAGCAGAAUGCAGGAGAGCCGAGUGCUGAUGGGCUAGAGGGGUCACAGGAGUCACCGUGCAGCAGCUGUGGUGCCUGCAGUCAGCAUGGGUCAAACCCUGUGCUCCAGGCUGUUUCUCUGGAUUGCGAAGGGGAGUUUGGCUUGGGGAAUCGGUUGCUGGUGCCUGUGUCCACAACUGGGAUGUUUUCAGGAGGCUACUCAAUGGUCCAUGAAGCGCCAUCCAAGCAAGUGGAGAAUGGACAUUAAAGAGCGAGGCUGGGACCUCCGCGGAGCUGCUGCAGUCGAGCAUCCACAGCCAGAAGAGAGACAAUGGGAAAGGUACUGAGAUGGCUGGCCACAGCAGCAGCCGCCAUCUCACAAACCUCUGCUCAUGCUCUGCACAACAGAGGCAGGACAAAGAGCCACACAGUGAGAGCCUGGGUUGCAAUGAGCAAUACACAGUUUUUCAGUAGAUUAUGCUGCCCUGACAGUCUAUUUCCUGUAAUGUGCACAUCCAGCCUCCCAGGCUGCCCUCAGUGAGAGUUAGGUGCUCUGUGCCCACAGGACAGGGCUGGCCUUACUAGGAGGUGAACUGAGGUGGCCGCCUCAGGUGCCAGACUGUGGGGGGCGCCACUAGGACCCAGAGUGUAGAAAACUGUGUCUGCUGCUGGUGCAUGUGGAUUCUCUCUGCUCGAGAUGCACAGAGAGGGCGGAGUGCUGUGCUGGAGGAAGGAGGGCACAAGAGACAUAACAGGCAGGCAGGAGAAAAGGUGAGAGAGAAUCACAGAAAGCAGCAGGAGCUGCAGGGAGAGAGAGGAGGAGGAGCCUCUUAUGUACCUCUCUAGCAUCCCCAGGAGCCUGGACUGAUUAACCCCAGCUUCUCAGGGAGCUUCCUGUUUCCUGCUGCUUCCCUGAACCCACUUGAGGAGAACAGGAAGUCAGCUGAAGUAGUAGGAGCCAGUUAGGCCCUUAAGACGCUGAUAUCUUCCCUCACUCAGGCCCUGCUACCAGCCUGCUUAUUUGUCCCCUUCAAUUGAGUGUUGGGAGCCACUAUAGCUGGCACAGAACAGCAGUCGUGAGUGAAAGAAGAAAACGUCCCUCUGAGGCAGCAUUCAGAAAAAGAGAAAAGCUUCCUUUGCUUUCUCUAUCUAAGCAGGAAGGAGCUCUCCUGAGAUACGUAGACACAAAUGUUCAGGGUGAGCCUUCCGGACCCAGUGAGGAUGUGAGUGGUGAGGAGAUGCCUGAUCGUCCAGUUAGUCAGAGUGCAGGUGACCUGGCAGCUACUGCAGCAUCCAUAUCUGCAUCUCCAAUGGAUGUAACCCUGCACGUUCCUGAAGAAAAGUGUAGAUCAGAGAAGAGUGUGGUGGAGGCGUAAGAAGCUGCUGCUGCUGAUUUGAGUUCCUUAAGUCUACAUGAUCCAAGACUGUGGACUCACUUGAGCAGUAGCUUGAGGGAUUUCCUUGUACUGCAUGGGCCACAGCAAGUGAAAAACUUCAUGUUCCCCAAAGACAAUGAAAAUAGUAGUUCCCAUCCAACACAUUACUGGCAUGAAAUCCCCAAUGGUGAGAAAGUGGAGAGGCCACGGCUUAUGUAUUCAAAAAUCGAGAAUACUGCAUUCUAAUGUUCCAGCCACAUUGGGUUCUACAGAAACAAAGGACUGGAAAAAUCUGGCUAGAAAUCUGGCAUGCCAUGAGAAGGCAGCAAAUCACCAGAGAGCAUUCCACAGGUGGAAAGAGCUUGAGAUGAGACUAAGGUUAAGGGCCACCAUAGAUGAUCAGCAUCAAGAGAAGAUUGCAUCAGAGUCUCUUUCCUGGCAAAAUGUUCGCAAAAGGCUCCUUGCCAUUGUGAGAAUGCUUGCUACCCAAAACCUAGCACUGCGUGGCAUUUCAGAUCAGCUGUAUGUGCCAAACAAUGGAAACUUCCUUAAAAUUGUGGAGCUGAUGGCUGAGUAUGGUGCUGUACUCCAGGAGCUUCUAAGAAGUGUCAUCACCAAAGAAAUGUACACACACUACUGCCUUGGAAAACCAUUCCAAAUGAGAUCAUUCAGUUACUGGCAACAAAAGUCAAAGGAUGAUUGUGGAAGAUCUUAAGUCAGCAAGGUAUUACCCUGUUAUUCUGGACUGCACACCUGACAUCAGCCAUAUGGAACACAUGCCUUUAAUGGUGAGUAUUGUGUGCAGGCCACAGAAUCUCACCCACCCACUCCUGCAAUAAACCUCUCACCUGCGUCUGAGCUAUUGAAGUCCUCAAAUAGUGGUUUAAAGACUUCAAGGUGCAGAGAAUCCUCCAGCAAGUGACCCUUGCCCUAUGCUGCAGAGGAAGGCAAAAAAACCCCAGGGCCUCUGCCAAUCUGCCCAGGGGGAAAAUUCCUUCCUGACCCCAAAUAUGGCAAUCAGCUGAACCCUGAGCAUGUGGGCAAGAUUCACCAGCCAGAUACUACACAGAAUUCUUUUCUGGGUAACUCCCAUCCCAUCCCAUCCAACAUCCCAUCCCAGGCCACUGGGCCCCAUCUACCAAAAAUAGUCAAAGAUCAGUUAUUUGCCAAAAUCAUGUUAACCCAUCAUACCAUCUCCUCCAUAAAUUUAUCAAGCUUAAUCUUGAAACCAGCUAGGUCUUUUGCCCCCACUGCUUCCCUUGGAAGGCUGUUCCAGAACUUCACUCCUCUGAUGGUUAGAAACCUUCGUCUAAUUUCAAGUCUAAACUUCCUGUGGAAGUAACAAAAAGGGAUUUAAGUGCAGCCAUCUUAGUUCUGUUGAAAAGAAAGCAAAAGUCAGGCUAACCCUAAUGCAAAACUUAUAAAGGCAAAACUGGUAAGCGUAUAAAAAUUGCAAAGCAAGGCUGGUUUUAACCUUGCCUUACAUUAACAAUAAAAUGUAAUUGUUUAAGAUUUUUUGCUACAAAUAAAAUAUAAAAAUUAUAAACAAAACAAAGCUUUAUUAUUACAUAAAUAAUAAAAAGCUAUAAAUACUUGCUUUACAUUUUUUAUACUUUAAAAAUUUGCAUAAGGACACUCUGUCCAAACAGCCGUCUUCCUUCUUGCAAUUGCCUAAAAAUAAAACUGACUCUAACUUGCUGCAUCCAGGCUAAAAGUAAGAACUUGUUUUCUUCCACAAUUUGGUGCCGUGAUUCGGAUAGCAACGCCCGGCUAAAACAGCAGCAACUACGACAAACCGUUCCCCUUCAAAGCCCAAAGCGCCAAACAAAGGGUAAAAAAAAAAACUUUAAAAAUCGAUACUGGGGUUUCAAAAAAAAACAAAAAAAAACAACUAACCAUGGGGCCGUCUGUCCCUUUGGGCUCAUGCCAUGCAAAUUUAUUCAUUAUGCAACAAGGCCAAAUGCAAAGUGGUGCUGAAAAAUUUGUUUCCAUCCCCCAAUAAGGUUAGUUAUAAGCAGUGCUGAAAAACUUUUUUCCGCACCCCCAAUAUAAGGUUAAGGUCCAACCUAAUCAAUGCUAAAAUUUUUUGCUGCCUCAAUAAGGGUGUAUUAAGUCCAAACAUAAAAAAAUAAGGUUAUCGUUUAAAAAAUAGCAUCUAAAUAUAAAAUAAAUAAAUAAAUAUAAGUAAAUAAUAAAUGUGUAAAAAGUAAAUGCUGCUAUCCAGGUCUGGGACUUAAGCUAACUUCAGGCACACCAGGGCCCUCACUCUCUAAGUAAAAAAGUUCUAAACAUAAGGGGGGAGGGGUCAGCCAAACCUCGUGACCCAGCAAAUAGUGCAAAAAAGUAAAAGCCUUUCCUACUUCUAAGCUGCUACUCUGCAAACCCUUUCCCUAAAGUGUGUAAAAAUCUUUUUAGCUUUUAAGCAGCUAACACAGCAAACAAAAUAAACUGGGGAAGCUAUUUUAUAAGCCGCUAAGCGAACAAAAUACUCCCUUGUGUAAUUAAAAUUUUUACAUAAUAAUCCCUCUAAACAAUUCCCACUAAAAGGUACCUUCAAUUUAAAUAAAAUCAUACACCUCAAAAAAAAAAAAAGCUACAAAAACCUCCAUAAGUCUCAAGUCCAAAAGCUAAAAAACUCCCCCCCAAAUUAAAAACUCAAGUACAAAAUUUAAAAACUAAAUGUAAUGCAACCAAAUGCCUCCCUACCCAAACUAUAUUGUUCACCCUCUCAGCUCUUUCAUAUCCGCAAUUAGUUAAAGCUAAAUGCAAAAAAAAAAAAAAAAAAAACAGCGGGGGGCGGGGGAAGGGUUAAUUUAAAAAGUCAGUUUGGCCUAAAAAUAAAAAAAGCUGCCCUGCAUUCAAAAAUAAAAAAACAGAGACCAAGCCAAGCAGAAAAAACUGCUUUCAGCCCCAGCUGGCUGUAAAAAAAUUAUAAACACACAUAAAACAAAAAGCAAGUAAGUUGCAAAACUAAAAUUACAUUUGCAAAGAUUGGCUGCCUGGUAAAACCCAACAGUCUGCCUUUGCAACCCUAAAGCCAGUAUGGUUUGAAAACGCUAAAAAGGCCACAAACAGCUGGCCUAAAAUAAAAUACCAAGCAAAGAUCUCUAAAAGGAACGCCCCAAAAAACCCAGGGCAUAAAAAUCCCUCCCAAAAAGGAAAAGCAAGUUAAAAAAUUUUGCAGCGUACCUCUAAACAAUCUAUACACAAAACAACCUACCAUCCACCUCUCUCUCUCUCUCCUACCCCUGGGGCUGGCCAGCCCCGGCAGCGUGUGUACACAUAUAAAAGUGGGUCAGGGUUUAAGUAUUACCGUUUUUUCUUCCUUUAAGUAACGUAAAAGCAGUUCCCGCACUCACCACUGUGUUAUUUUAUUAUUAAAGAUUUAAAGUUCAGUCACAAGGUGUGUGCUCUUCAUCUCCACCCCUGCGAUCCUGUGGUCUUAGCCUAAUUAACUAAGGCACAGGCAAAUUGGUAA